GUGACGUCAGCAGAGGAGGUUGAUUUAGCGCGGGGACGCGCGGCCUCUCUCUCUGAGCCGCCGGUGACAGCAAAGAGGAGCCGCCAUCUUACGUUCUUCUCACAUACACCGCCGCCCGACAGGACACGAUGUACCCCACCGCCCUCACGCAGCUGGCCCGGGCUAACCCGUUCAGCGCCCCGCUGUUCAGCCUCCAGCGGGCGGAGGAGCUCCAGCAGACCCCCGCAGCGGGUCCCGCAACCCGUCGUCUGGCCGCCGCCGCCACCGCAGAGGGGGACAGUUGUGAGUUUGGCUCCCAGAAGUACCUGCUCCUUUGUGGAUUUGGUGGCAUUGUGAGCUGUGGCCUCACGCACACGGCUGUGGUGCCCCUCGAUCUGGUCAAGUGCAGAUUGCAGGUGGACCCCGACAAGUACAAGUCCAUCGGGAACGGCUUCAGGCUCACCGUCAGGGAGGAUGGAGCCCGCGGCCUGGCCAAGGGAUGGGCACCCACCUUCAUCGGUUACUCCAUGCAGGGACUCUGCAAGUUUGGCUUCUAUGAGGUCUUCAAGAUCUUCUACAGCGACCUGAUGGGAGAGGAGAACACCUACCUGUGGAGGACGUCCCUGUACCUGGCGGCUUCUGCCAGCGCUGAGUUCUUCGCCGACAUCGCCCUGGCGCCCAUGGAGGCGUGCAAGGUCCGCAUCCAGACCAAGCCCGGCUACGCCAACACCCUCAGGGAGUGUGCCCCCAAGAUGUACGCCGAGGAGGGCGUCUGGGCCUUCUACAAGGGCGUGGUUCCUCUGUGGAUGAGGCAGAUCCCCUACACCAUGAUGAAGUUCGCCUGCUUUGAGCGCACGGUGGAGCUGCUCUACAAGUACGCCGUGCCCAAGCCCCGCAGCGAGUGCUCCAAGUCGGAGCAGCUGAUCGUCACCUUCACGGCCGGCUACAUCGCCGGUGUGUUCUGUGCCAUCGUGUCCCACCCGGCCGACUCCGUCGUGUCCGUGCUCAACAAGGAGAGCGGUAGCACCGCCACCCAGGUGCUGAAGAAGCUGGGGCCCAAAGGAGUGUGGAAGGGCCUGGUCGCCCGUAUCAUCAUGAUCGGUACCCUGACCGCGCUGCAGUGGUUCAUCUACGACUCGGUGAAGGUCUACUUCCGCCUGCCCCGCCCCCCUCCCCCCGAGAUGCCCGAGUCCCUGAAGAAGAAGCUGGGGCUGACCGAGUAACGAGACACUACCACCGCCGCCUCGACUCCACCCUGACCCCCACCGACCACACCCAAACCUCCACCUACCCGGCCCACCCAAUUGGACUCCACUGCGCCCCCGAUGGGCCCCCCCCCCCCCAGAGUGUUCUCUAUAUUUAUGUUGCUCCAGCCCCGCGCUGCUACUCGUGUAUAUUUAACAGGGAGACUUUAGGUGGAGAAGGGUGGUGCAUCCCUGGCUUCACCGCUGGGGGUGGGCUGGAAUAUUCCGAUGUAGAAACAGUCUGAUUUUAUCCUGUCAUUAGUUAUGUGAGGAAUUCUAAAUAAAAGAAUUUAUUCCCUGGGAAAUUAACGUUGUUGGGAGU